AUGAGCGAAAAUAUUGGUAUAGAUAGUAAACCUCGAGUUGGUCGAGUUCGACGCCGUUUUACUGAUCGACUAACAACGCUGACUAGUGAUCGUGUUGACAACAUUGACGAAUAUGCAGAUCUGGAUGUGAAAGAUUUAGAGAAAUGUGGUGCAAGGAAGUAUUCAGUUGGUUGUGUUUUCAGAGACACACUUGACUCCUCUAUAAAAAAUUCUUUGAGCAUAGAUUCUAAGCAGGAUUUCAAAGGCAUCAUUAGACGUCCACUCACAGGAUUGUUUCGAAAAUCAGGAACACAUUCGAAGAAUGAAAGUAAAGUUGAAAUAGAAACAUCCACUUCUAAAACAUUAACUUUCGAUUAUGUCGAAGAACAUAACGUUGCCACGAAUGCGAAAAUGCCAUUUUUUGAAAAUCAAACUUUUGAUGAUAUCGAAAAUUCUUCAGGCGUAAAUAUUAAUCAUAUACCAGUCCUCCAUCAGCUGAAUUUCAUGGAUCACAAGAUUGCUUCCUUAGCAAAAUUGGAUGAUAUUGAUUUGCUCCUUUUAUCACGAUUUAUCCUCGUGGAAGAAGAAGUGAGAGAUGAAGAUGUACCUUGGACUUGGGACUACCUUUUCACUUCUUUAAAUGCAUAUGUAUGCGAUGAGUGGGCUCAAGAUGGAGAGCGUGAUGUUGGCUACAAAGAUAAAUAUUCAAGUGAGCCGAAAUGUGAAUUAUCAUUGCGUUGA